AUGCAAGCAGAUUUCAAUCCAUUUAAUGCACAACAAAGGGAGCAUGAAGAGAUGAUGAUUAGGCAAUUAGAAGAUGAUGAUGUCAAUACUAAAAAAUAUAUGUUACCACCGAAGGUUGCAAAAAAGAAAAAGAGUCAAAGCACGAGCACUGUAAAACAAUUGACUGCAAGUUAUGGAAAGCAAAAGGAAUCUGCAAAAUUAGGGGUAUAUUUCAUGCCGAGAACAACUCCUGAUGCUCAAAAGUCUCUUAAGAAUUAUUGGCAAAGGAAGGAAGCAUUUGAACAGUGUGAUCUUGCUUUAGUGAAGUGGAUGAUUGAUGCAUGUGUGUCAUUUAAUGUUGUUAACUCUGUGUAUUAUCAACAUGUCAUAGAUGCUCUGACAGCCAUGGGUCCUGGUUAUAAAGGACCAAGCUUGCAUGUUAUUCGUGGUUAUUACUUGACAAAAGCAGUUGAUGAAGUGAAGAUUUAUUUUGAUAGUUAUCGAGAGAUUUGGAAGAAGACUGGUUGCACAUUAAUGGCUGAUGGAUUGACAGAUCAAAAGAGGAGGACUUUAAUUAACUUCUUAGUAUAUUAUCCUAAAGGAACCAUUUUUUUGAAAUCUGUGGAUGUAUCAGAUGUCUCAAAAACUGCUAGAUUGUUGCAUCAAUUAUUUAAAGAGGUUGUUUUGUAUGUUGGGGUAGAAAACAUUGUGCAUGUGGUGACUAAUAAUGCUUCUAAUUAUGUUGUUGCUAGCAAGUUAUUAAUGGAAGAAUUUCCUUCAAUGUUUUGGUCUCCUUGUGUUGCUCAUUGCAUCAACCUCAUACUUCAGGACAUUAGUAAAUUGCAGUCAGUUUGUUCUAUUGUUGAGCAUGCUUCUGGUAUCACAAAGUACAUUUAUAAUCAUUGGUAUCCAUUGUAUUUGAUGAGGAAGUUCACUAGAGAAAAAGAAAUACUUCGUUCAGCUCCUACUUAUUUUGCUACCAAUUUCAUUGCAAUGCAAAACAUUUUAGCUCAUAAAUAUAAGUUGAGAGCUAUGAUGACAUCUAGAAAAUGGGUCUCAUCUGUUAUGCUAAAGAUAGCAAAGGAAAAAAAUUUCAUAAAUAUUAAUGAGAUUGAAGAUGAUUGUGACGAUGAAGUUUCAAAUGAGCAUGUUGAUGUUUUAUUAGGUGUUGAUGAGAUUGGCUCAAUUCCAUUAACAUUUGAUUCAAAUUUUGCUCUUAUGGACACCGAAGAACUUAAUGUGUUCAUUCAACAAAAGUGA